AUGAGGAAAAGAAGAUUGGAAAACAGAAUCACAUCUUUCACUGUUGGUGACAAAAUUGAAGAUGAUUAUUCAAAAGUAGUUGAGCACUUUCUCACUCAUUUUAAGAAUUUUAUGGGGAGGAGAAGUUCGGCUACCGAGGAGAUUGACAUAGAUUGUUUGAACCAGGGUAGUAGAUUGUCUUUGGAGCAGCAAGUCAGGUUAUUAAGGCCUUUUAGUAAGAGUGAUGUUAAGAAGGCACUUUUCAGCAUUCACUCUUCUAAAAGUCCUGGGUUAGAUGGCUUUGGAUCAGGUUUUUUCAAGGGGUUAUGGGAUAACAUUGGAGAUGACAUAUCUCAGUCUGUGUUAGAGUUUUUCCAGGAUGGACUUUUGCCAAAGUUGCUGAAUGAAACAGUGAUUUCCCUCAUUCCUAAGGUUGUAGACCCGAAAAAAGCUAGUGAUUACAGGCCUAUUGCCUGUAGUAAUACACUUUAUAAGUGUAUCUCGAAGAUGCUCUGUACAAGGCUUUCGGAAGUGCUUCCCUUCCUUGUUCAUAGCAACCAAGGGGCCUUCAUAAAGAAUAGAACUCUUGCUCAUAAUAUUAUGAUCUUCCAGGAUCUCCUCAAAGGUUAUACUAGGAAGAACAUUUCAGCAAGAUAUGACUUGAUAUUAUUCUAUAAAGGAAACAUCAGUUCAGUGACUCGUAUUCAAGAAGCUUUCAAGAAGUUCUGUGAUUCUACAGGUCUUUCUGCCAACAAAUCGAAAUCUCAUAUAUUCUUUGGAGGAGUAAAAGAAGUCAUUAAAGUUAAGAUUCUUGAAUUGAUGCAAAUGGAAGAAGGAUCUUUUCCUUUGAAAUACUUGGGGGUUCAUCUUCGUCCUACUAAAUGGAAAGCUUCAGAUUGUGGGAUGAUCUUGGACAAGCUGAACAAAAAUCUCAAUUGUUGGGCGAGCAAGAAUCUAUCUUUUGCUGGUCGUGCUCAACUAAUUCACUCGGUUUUGCUUGGUAUCAGAAACUUCUGGAUGAGUAUAUUCAUUCUUCCCUUUAAAAUUACAGCUGCCAUAGACAAAAGCUGUCGUGACUUCCUCUGGGGUUCUAAUGGGAAUAGGAGUAAGCUUCAUAUCCCCUCUUGGGAGAAGGUUUGUCUCCCUAAAAAGCUGGGUGGUAUUGGUUUUCGCGAAGGUAAGAAAUGGAACAUGGCUUUGAUGGCGAAGUUUUUAUGGGCGAUCUCUAACAAACAGGACUGCCUUUGGGUUAGAUGGAUUAACUCUAUUUAUCUUAAGGAACAAUCUAUUUGGAAUAUUCCAAUUAAGCAAGAAAUGAGCUGGUAUUUUAAGAAGCUGCUGAGGCUCAAACAAGUUACUGAUGUAGCUUCUUUGGGGCAAGCUGAAAAGGGAGGUAAAUUUCGAGUCAAACAUUUUUACACUUCUCUUGUUACUGCUCAGAAAUUUGUGUAUGCUGGAACUGUGUGGAAUAAACUCCUAGUGCCCAAGAAGGUUUUUAACUGUCAUCUGCUCACCAGAGAUCAUUUGAGACGUUUCAUGCCUAUCCCUUCUGCUCUUUGCCCUGUUUGUGUCUCUGUUAAUGAAACUCACAGCCACCUUUUCAUGGAAUGUAUCUUCUCCAGGAAAUUAUUUGGGGAAAUUAGUAGCUGGCUGGGUGUGUUUCAGUGGUUGAAAUCCUUCAUGGAGCUUCAACAAUGGUGUUUGUCAGCUGUUAGUGAUCUGAAGAACCAAAUUAUUAAUGUUGUUUUAUCUGCAACAAUGUAUUUUGUUUGGAAAAAUCGGAACACAUGUAUCUUUGAAUUUGUUUGUACUUCGGCUAGAAGUAUGAGCUUGGAAAUUAGGAAGGUUGUUAAAUGUAGAGUUUUGGGUCUGGGUCCUCAUAAACUUAGCAAAAGGGACAGGUAUUUGCUCAAUGUUGUAGAGGGUUGGUAG